AUGUCUGUAGUGGGCAUUGAUCUAGGAACGCUAAACACUGUGAUUGCGGUGGCCAGGAAUCGAGGUGUCGAUGUGGUCACAAACGAGGUCUCGAACCGGGCUACACCAACACUCGUAGGCUUCGGCCCUAAGAGCAGAUACCUCGGCGAGCAAGCAAAGACGCAAGAGAUCUCCAACUUCAAGAACACCGUCAGCUCCCUUUCGCGUCUCGCCGGCCGGUCACUCAACGACCCCGAUGUCCAGAUCGAGCAGGAGUACGUCACAGCGCCCCUCGUCGAUAUCAAUGGCCAAGUGGGCGCCGAGGUCACAUACCUGGGCAAGAAGGAGCGGUUCACGGCGACGCAGCUUAUUGCCAUGUUCUUGAGCAAGAUACGGCUAACAGCAUCCGCCGAGCUCAAGCUGCCCGUGUCCGAUGUCGUCCUCAGCUGCCCGGCAUGGUACACCGACGCUCAACGAAGGAGUCUCCUUGACGCCACAGAGGUGGCUGGACUUAAGUGCCUUCGGCUGAUGAACGAGACCACCGCAACAGCUCUCGGUUAUGGCAUCACGAAGACCGACCUGCCGGGUGCUGAGGAGAAGCCUAGGCGGGUGGCUUUCAUCGACAUCGGUCACAGCAACUACACAUGCUCCGUCGUUGAGUUCAGGAAGGGCGAGGUGACUGUCAAGUCGACGGCGUACGACCGUCAUUUCGGUGGCCGGAACGUCGACAAGGCAUUAGUCGACCACUUCGCAGCAGAGUUCAAGGAGAAGUACAAGAUCGAUAUCAAGUCAAAUGCGAAGGCACGCCUGCGGGUCGCGCAAGCCUGCGAGAAGCUCAAGAAGGUGCUCUCGGCGAACGCUGGGUCGCCGCUUAACAUCGAGUCAGUAAUGGAGGACACAGAUGUCAGGGGUUUCUUGAAGCGGGAAGAGUUGGAGGAGCUCAUCAAGCCCCUUCUAGAGCGCGCGACCAUUCCUGUCGAACAAGCCCUGGCAGAGGCGAAGCUGAAGCCCGAGGAUAUCGAUGCCAUUGAGAUGGUCGGUGGCGGCACACGUGUCCCCGCUAUCAAGAACGCCAUCCAGCAGUUCUUCGGCAAGCCACUUUCCUUCACCCUCAACGCUGACGAAGCGAUUGCACGCGGCUGCGCCUUUAGCUGCGCCAUCCUCUCACCCGUCUUCCGCGUCCGAGACUGCUCCGUGCACGACAUCGUCAACUACCCGAUUGAGUUCACGUGGGAGAAGUCGCCCGACAUCCCAGACGAAGACACCAGCCUCGUCGUCUUCAACAAGGGCAACGUCAUGCCCUCAACGAAGAUCCUCACCUUCUACAGAAAACACCCGUUCGACCUUGAGGCCAGGUACGCCAAGCCUGAGAUGCUCCCAGGCAAGAUGAACCCCUGGAUAGGCCGGUUCUCCGUCAAAAGCGUCAAGGCAGACUCAAAGGAUGACUUCAUGAUCUGCAAGCUGAAAGCGCGACUCAAUCUACACGGCAUCCUCAAUGUGGAGCAGGGCUACUAUGUGGAGGAUCAGGAGGUGGAGGAGCCAAUACCGGAGGCGAAGGACGGAGAGAAGAAAGAGGGCGACGCCAUGGACGUCGACAACGCCGAGAAACCCAAGACGCGUAAAGUCAAGAAGCAGGUGCGGAAAGGCGAUCUGCCCAUCUCAGCCGGUACCGCCUCGCUGGACCAGGCAGCCAGGGACGCGGCCGCCGAGCGCGAGAACCAGAUGAUCAUGGAGGACAAGCUGGUGGCGGACACGGAGCACGUCAAGAACGAGCUCGAGUCCUUCAUCUACGAGCUCAGGAGCAAGAUCGAAGGCGUAUAUGCUGAGUUUGCGAAUGAGGACGAGAAGGCGAAGUUGGGUGAGAAGUUGCAGACUAUAGAAGACUGGCUCUACGACGAAGGCGAAGACGCCACCAAGGCCGUCUACACGAGCAAGAUCGAGGAGAUCAGAUCGGUGGCCGGCCCCAUCAUCCAGCGCUACAACGACAUGAUGGAGGCGGAACGUCAGGCGGUGCGCCAGGCGCAGGAGGAGGCGCAGGCGAAGAAGCGCGCCGAAGCCGAUGCCAAGAAGCAGGCGGAGGAUUCCUCGAAGAAAGACAAGCCGGAUGAGGAGAUGGCGGAUGCGGUGCAGCCGGAUGCUGUUGAGGAGCCGGCGGAUUAG